AUAUUAUUAAUGUACCUCAGCUAUUAAAGGAAUUAAUUAUCAAAUGCUUGAAUGAUAACCCACUAGUUCGCCCAAAGGCUUCUGAGUUAUUUAAACUUUUUGGAAAAUGGUAUCAUGAUCGGGAUGUAGAAUUUCGUCAUCAAUAUAAUCAGAUAAAAU